AUAUAUUGCUAGAGUACAUUGAAGCUGAAGACAUGGUCGAUACAAGUGUGGCCUUAUUUUAUUUUUGUUACACGUCACCCUGGGGUCCCUCAUGUUACGUAGAGUAAGCAUACUUUUUUCACAGUUAUAUCUCCCCUGCAGCCACCUUAGAUCACUUUCGACCUCUUUUCCCUCCAAUGGAUCCACCACCACCUCUAACCCUGCAAGGUGCAAUUAGAAACUUGGGCGUUAGACUGAUUCAGUAUACUAUCAAACCCAGUCAAAUCCUGCUCCAACCCUACGUGCUGUUAGAGACUUGGUCGGUUCGCAACUGAAAAAAAUAAGAAAUAUUAACAUCGAUCAUCAAGUAUCCUCUCAACCCGAUUUAAAUCCUCCAACCUUUCGUGCUGUUAGAAAUAUUAAUGCCGAUUCAAAUACUACACGUCCGGUAUUUUUCCAACAACCCCCAUUAAAUAAUCCUCCAACUGAUGGUCAAGCAGAUGUGGUUGCAUCUGCUAGCAGUCCUGUGUUUGAAAAUUUCAAGAAACAAGUUGAAAGCCUCAAAGUUACGAGGAGGCAGGUUCAAGAAAAUUUUGGUAUUGCCAGAGAUAAAAGUGAUAAUCUCUUAUCUGGUGUGGAAGAGUGGUUAAAAAAGGCAGGGGAUGAGAUAUCAAAAGCCGAAGAGCUUCUUGAAAUAGAAGCGGCUGCCAAGAAGAGGUGUUUCGAAGAAUUUGAUCAAUUGGCAACAAUGAUGACUCCUUCUCUUUGGAGCACCAAGUAUUUGGCAAGGAUUUUGUGGCUCGUGUCUCUGUUGAUACUAGUCCUGUUGUUGAGAAAGCAGAGUUUGUUGUGGCUAAAAAAAAGAAGAUUGGUUACAAGAGGAACUCCUUAGAAAAUGUUAAAAAUUUGAGACAUGAAGCUAAUAAACUCAAAGAUAUGAGGAGGAGGGUUCAAGAACUGGUAGAUAUAUCCAUUUGUAAAGGAGAUAAACUCAAGUAUAGAGUGGAGGACUGGGUGAAGGAGGCAGACACUCAAAUAUCCAAGGCACACGAGUUUCUUCAACAACAAGAUAUGGCCAAGAAGACCUGCUGCAAAAUAGCUUUGUGUGGCACUUGGGGAAAUCUUCAUGGUUAUGAUAAGAGCGCAGCAAAGAUGGUUCUUUCUCUAGUGCAACUCCAAGAACGUGGCAGCACUUAUGAAAGUUCCGUCGUUGUUGAAAAUCCUGCACCUGGAUCGCUAGAUGUUUACCAAAGCAAGAAUCUUGAAGAUCUGGUUAUCCACAAUACAGCUCUGAAUGCUAUAAUUGUUGCUCUUGAAGAUGAAAGCAAACAAAUCAUUGGUAUUUAUGGCUUUGGUGGUGUUGGAAAAAGCACACUUGGUAUGGAAGUUGCUGUAAGGCUAAAAAAGACUAAUAUGUUGUUUGCCGAUGUUGCUUUUGCAACCAUCACUCAAAUAAUAAAUGCUGAGAAGAUUCAAAAGGAUCUUAAAAAUGCAACAGAGCGGAUAAUGAAAGGGGACAAGAUUCUAAUCAUAUUAGAUGACAUCUGGGAAAAACUUGAUCUACUAAAAUUGGGCAUUCCUAACAACCACUCCAAUUGUAAAAUUUUGUUAACGUCGAGAAGUGAAAAAGUGUGCCAAGAAAUGAAUGCUCAAAGUAUAAUUUAUGUUGACUCUUUGCCAAGAGAAGAAGCAUGGAUUCUUUUCAAACAUGUGGUUGGUGAAAGAGUGGAGACUGAAGCCAAUUUGAAACCAGUUGCAGAGGAUGUUGCUAAACAUUGUGGUGGAUUGCCACUCCUCAUUCAAGCCAUAGGGUAUGCUUUGAAACACAAAAGCAUCGAUUCAUGGAAAUCGGCUCUUUCUCUACUAAAGGAACCUGCACCAUGGCUAAUUGAUGAUAGUAUAGAGAAAACAUUUGCCCAUUUGCAGCUAAACUAUGACUGUCUUAGAAGUGCAGAAGCCAGGUCGUGCUUUUUUCUCUGUAGUUUGUUCCAUGAAGCUGAAGAUAUCGAGCUGGAAGAGUUGGUACGUUACGUGGUGGGUUUAGAAUUGUUUGAUGACCUGGAUAGUAUAGAGGAUGUGAGAGGCCGGGUUCAAAAUGCAGUGAAUAUCCUCACUUCUUCUGGUUUGUUAUUGAAUGUGGAGGAUGACAAAGGAUGUACCAAAAUGCAUAAGGUUGUUCGUGAUAUGGCAUUGUCAGUUGGAUCUGAAGUUAAAAACAGAUAUUUGUUAAAGGCUGGGAAAGAUUUGAUCGAAUGGCUACCAAGAGACAACAAUGUAAAAGAUUUGACUGAAUAUAAGAAGACAAAUUUUGAUGAUUUUCUUGAAUCGUAUGAUUCAAUGAUCAGAAUGCUGGACGAAAUGGCACCAUUUCGAGCCGUAUCAAAGGCUACCAACCACUAUCAUGUUCAAAAUAUCAUUAAGGAUGGGGAAUAUGGAAAGAUGUUAAAGUUCUCACGGAAUGGGCGUUUGAUGUAUAUUGUUGUCCGGAGUUUACAUGGCGAGUAUGGAGAAAAUGACAUUGGCUUCAGGAGGGAGCAUGCAAUUCUUUCUGCUUUAAAACACAAUAAUAUCAGCUCUAUAUUGGAGUACUUAGAUGAGGACGGUGAAAAUAUAGUUGCUUACGAGCAUGCAUUUCAUGGAAUUCUACAUGGACAUCUAAGCAAUCCAGCACUCACAUGGUCCCGGAGACUACAAAUAUGUUUAGGUGUCGCGCGUGCAUUGAAUUAUAUCCAUAAUCGUGGUCUCAUACAUUGUGACAUUAACAGCUCUAAAAUAUUGUUAGAUGAAGAUUGGAAGCCCAAAAUAUUUGGUUUUGAACUUUCUACCGAGUAUCCUCAAAGUUGGAAGCAUCGGCUUCACUUAUCUGGGCAAUCUGGCUACUUGGGCGCUGCAAGCGUAAUGACACCAAAGUAUGAUGUUCACUUGUUUGGUGAAUUAUUGAUUGAAAUACUUCACGAAAAGAAACCAAAUUUUGGUGAAGAUGGUUUUAAAGAUGAGAAUAUCGAUCCUAGUCUAAGGAAACAUAUAGGAAGUCAAUCGAUGAAAUUCUUUAAAAAUAUAGCCUAUAAUUGUCUCGUUAAAAAACUUGUGGAACGUCCAAGCAUGAAUCAGAUUGUCAAAGAUCUUGAGGAAGCAUUGAAACUUCAACAGAAAGAGGAAAAUCUUGUAUUGAAGGAACGUUCAACAAAUGGAGGUGAAGGCGCAUCGCGGGACAGCUUGCUGUUGGACGUUAUGGAGAUUUCGCUCAUCGAUAUAAAGAACGCCACCGGAAAUUUUACGAAAGGAGGUAUAGGGUACGGUGGGUUUGGUACCGUGUACAAGGCAAUACUGAUCGAAAGUGUGUCAUCUAAAGGUGAACCUCCCAUGAAAAUUAGUAAAACUGUAGCUAUAAAAAGACUCUCCAAGAACGGAGAUGAGCAAGCUGAAGAAAGAUUUUUAACAGAAAUUAAAUCGCUUACAAGUUGUAUACAUCCAAACGUAGUCUCUCUUCUUGGCUUUUCUAAAGAAGCCAAUGAAAGGAUUCUUGUCUUUGAGUACGCAACAAAAGGAGACCUCAGCGAUUAUCUUAGAACCGAACGUAGUCAAACUUGGUCCCAAAGAUUACAAAUAUGCCUUCAAGUUGCUCGUGGAAUUAAUUGCCUUCACACCAACAAUAUAAUACAUCGAGAUAUAAAGAGUAAGAACAUUUUGUUGGACGAGAAUCUUAAUGCAAAGGUUGCUGACUUUGGGCUCUCCACACUAAUCCCUAGUGCUGGAGACGAGGCCACUAUCCUUUCAAAAAAUGUUGAAGGCACAACGGUGUACAUCGAUCCAGAAUAUCGAACAACAGGUGGGUAUAAAAAGGAAUCCGAUAUUUAUGCUUUUGGAGUGGUUUUAUUUGAGGUGCUAUCGGGUAAAAUGGCUUAUGAUACUACUUACAUGAGGGAGUAUGACGAUGGACUUGCACCCAUUGUGCGGAGACGCUUUGAGGAGGGUACAUUGACGGAAUUAAUAGAUCCUAAAAUGUUCGAAGAAGAUGAUGAACACACUUUUACCCUAAAUAAAGGACCCACGAAAGAUUGUUUUGAUUUGUUUUCAAAAGUUGGAUAUGAAUGUUUGGCAAAAACUCGUGCUGAACGUCCAAAAAUGGAGGCUGUCAUUAAAACACUUGAAGAUGCAUUAGAGGUUCAAGGGAAAACCAUGAAACUCUCGAGGUUUCCACUCAGUGUUAUAGAGGAUGCAAGCUACAUGGGGUUAGACACAUCUGGUAAUAAGAUUUACAAAGCGCAACUCGAUCAUUUUGAAAGUAACAGUUUGCUGGCAGCAGAAGGUACGAAUAAUGGUGAACAGCCUGCAAAGAGACGCAUCAGCGUAGCUAUAAAACGUGUCUCGGUGGGUAGAGUAGAAGAGCAUAAUGAAGAAAGGUUCUUUUCAGAAAUUGAGAUGCAUACUAGAUAUAAGCAUGACAACAUAGUCCCUCUUCUUGGCAUUUGCUAUGAGCACGAUAAUAUGCUUCUUGUUUACGAGCAUGCUGCAUCUGAAGAAAGUCUUGAGGACUAUUUGACCGACACUGAUAACAUGAAUAAGCAUACGUGGAUAGAGCGUCUACAUCUGUGUCUUGGAAUUGCACGUGGACUUGAUCAUCUACACACCCUCAUGGACCUGCAUCAGGGCAAGCAACACGACAUGAUACACGCUGAUAUAAGGAGUGCCAACAUUCUGCUUGGAAAGACUACUAGGGAGGUGAAGAUUGCUUACUUUGGGUUCUCGAAAUUACUCCCACCAAAUCAAGAGGCAAGCACCAAGAAUGACGUACGCACAAAAGUCUACUGCUGCCCAGAAAAUUAUGAUCAAAAGACGAUAGGUGAACCGAAAAAACAAUCAGAUAUCUAUUCCUUUGGAGUUGUGCUAUUUGAGAUCUUUUGUGGGAGGUUAGCGUACGAUCCAUUUUACACAGACAAAAAUGAUAACGGGCUUGCACCCAUCGCUCGCCAAUCCUACAGCGAUGGAACAAUAAAGGAAAUGAUAGAUCCAUCAUUAAAGGAAGAAACUUUACAGUCCUCGGGCCCAUACCUUAGAAUCGCCAAUCAAUGUUUGGCUGAAAAACAAGCAGAGCGUCCAACUGUGCAAAGCGUCAUCAAAGAACUAGAGAUGGCUCUUAACAUUCCAGUGGUUGCUCUACAACACAAGACAUCCGAAGAAUGGAUGCUAGAUUAUGCUCUUCAAACGGUUGUAGGUAAACUAACUCCAGCUCGAAAACGGAAAGUAGCUUUGCUCGUGAAAGCUUUUGAAGAUGUGGUUCCUGCCCAAGAUGAUCCACAAGAAGGAUCGAGUAAUGAAAUUCGAAGUGUUGGUUCGGAGUCGAAAAGUAAUUCCAAAUCCAAGUCAUUGGAUACGUGACACAAGAGAUGUCCAUAAUGGAGGGAUGAAGGAACGGCGGUUAAAUGUUUUGUGGGAUAAAAGUGUUAGGUAGCUUUGACUGUUUGGGAUGCUAUCACCUCAGUGUACGAUGGAUCUUCAUUUUUUCCGUUAAGACCUUAUAGAGAUAACCGAGCAUACGAAGAUCGAUACACAAAAGGAGAUUUUGAAAGGUAUUAUUUUUGUGACUUGUUGGUGCAUAUAAAUCUCAAAACGAAAAAAGAUUUUUAAAUAUCGAGGAUUAAUCCAUGAAGAUUGUUCAAAACGUCAAAACGUCAAAACGCUUGCUUUUUAUGGUUUAGGAAUAGAGCUAAAAGGAAUGUGUUAGUCGGGAUUUCAUUUGCAUGUAAUUCUUGUAUCUAGUUUGUAUAAGUUGCCCUCCCCGUAUUCUCGGGGUGGUGUGAAUAAAUUAUACCUUUCAGAAAAAGAAAAAAAAAAGUUUGUUGACAAAUGGAAAUAAUGGGUUUUUCUUUUUUGAAAUUAAGGAAAACCUUGGAACUUCUCUAAAAACUUUUCAAGGACUGUUGAAGGACAA